UCAAUUAUAUUGAAUCUAAAAAUAAUAUAAGAAUUUCUAAUGGGAAUUUCUUUUGGGAAUUUUCUCUGAAAGUCUUCAGAACUUUGAAAAAGUCUUUAGAACUUUGGAACCAAGUUUUUCAGAGAAAAUUCCCAAAAAUUUUCACCAGGGUAAUAGUCGUAAUCUUCAUGUGGGACAAGGAAUUGCAAUAUUAUUUUACGAUUAAAGACGAUUCAUAACGAUUAACAAUUUUAAAUCGUUAUGAAUCCUCAUUUGGGAACAGAAGUUGCACUAUUAUUUUACGAUUAAAGACGAUUUGAAAUUUUUAAUCGUCAUGAAUCGUCUUUAACCCUUUAGAGUCUGAGCUUGAAACCCCACUCUUCGGUCUGGUGGAGCCCGACAGAGUAGAAAGAGCACGCAGCAAAUGUGAAAGGGCCGUAUUAUAAGAGAAAACAUUUCACCUGGGCGGAAAGUAAAAAAUAAUUUUUUUUUAAAUUUUUGAUUUAUUAAAUAAUAACUAUCAAAGGACUUAAAUUCAAAGUAAGAACAACAUUUGGUUUCAUUAUGAAUAUAGUUAAGUAUUUUGAUUAUCAGCAUCAUAAUUAGUCAAAAUAAAUACGUAUUUAACUUGGAACUUUCGUUUAGUACUAAGGAAAGUUCAAAUUUCAAUAAUUUAUUAUCUUGGACAGUGACAAGUCGAUUUUUUCAAUACUCUCACGUUUAUUUCAUCAUCAACCUCUUAAGGUUUUAUGUUUUUUAUUUUUAUUUUUGGCAUACUAGCGACUAAUUAUGCGCAAUAAAAUUAUUUUUCAAUUACAUGGCAAUGUAUGAAAUUUGUUAAAUUUUUCUAACCUUACUUUCGAAGAGACUACUCCCUUAUGUCAAAAAUACUAACUACGGUACUAUCGAUGAACGCAGCGCGAGAUUCAAAUGACUGGAAGAGUACUCACAGGCACACUACUACUCUCACAUGUCACUCAUACAUGCUCACGGGACUCUACGAUUCGCGCUCUCCCCACUAGUCUCACACGUAGACGUUUCAAGAUCCUCUAACUCUAAAGGGUUAAUCGCAAAAUAAUAUUGCAAUUUCUGGUCCUGCACGAAGAUUAAAAACGAUUAAAAAUUUAAUCGUUAUUAAUCAUCUUCAAUCAUCAAUUGACGAUUCACGACGAUUCAAAAUGAUUGAAACAUUUUUAAUCGUCAUUAAUAGUAUUUUCUAAUCAGAGAUGUUGCUCCACUACAUAGAAAGCCGGAAAACGUCUCACGUAUAUGAUCAGUUUUUAGAACGCCAUCUAUUAAUUGACCGAUAAAAAUUAUUAGAAAUGUUGGAGAACUCUUCAACAAACAUGAAGCAAUCGGUUAGAAGUCUUAAAACACCGAUAUAUGUUGAAAUUAUUUAUUAAAUUUACAUUAAUUAUGUCAUAAUAAAAUAUUAGGGGAACGUAACAAUAGUGUUAUAAAAAUUGAUUUAUUUCGAAAAGUUACAGGAAUCUAAAAAUUUUUUAAUUAGUUUUUUCUUUGAGCAUACUUUGCAUACGACGUGACAUAAACUAAUUUUUUAUGAUAGACACUUGAAAUCUACGACAUUUAGCGCCUAUAGCCGGCAGCUAAAAAUAUUAGACAAGAUACAGCUGGUAAAAAGAUACCUAAUCAUCGGAUCAAAAAAUAUUUUUUAGUUACAUGUGCGAAAGCAAACGACCAAAAAAUAUCGAAGUAACUUAACGACCCAUCUUGUGACAAAAUUUAUCAUCAUUUUAAUUCGUCCACUUACCGACUUCUCUCUAAUUUUCAACAAAUACUCAAAACAAUCUUAUCAAAUAAAUAAACGCGGAUUUAUAACCUGCCAUUUAUAGGCACUAAAUGUAGUAAAUUUCAAAUAUCUGUCACAAAAACUAAUGUAUUUAUCUAGUACAAUCGAGACCUGCCGGAGCAAAACGCCUUUUCAUACCGAGUAUUUGUGAUGUUCUACUAGUGGUACGUGCAGAUAAAUUUGAGUACUGUGUUGACUAUAUAGAGAUGUCGUACUUUACAAAAGUUUCCUUGAAUUUUUCGUCAAAUUUCCGUCAACUUUGGAUAUUUCCGUUUUUAAAGACACUUUAUAUGCAACUUGUUAUACAAUUUGACGUAAAUUUACUACAUGAAUUAGAAUGCAAAAUUAACUUCAAAAGUUGACUAGAAAAAAUUUUUCGUCAAUUUUCAGGCAAAUUUUUGCAUCAAUUUAUUGUUAAUUUGACUUGAAAAAUUGUAAAGUAUUUUUUUUACCUUGAAAUUGUAGACAAUUUUAUGUAUAAAUUUGCUUACCCUCUGAAAUGUUAGGAACGAACAUUACCGAAUUUUUUAUGUAGUCAAAAUUUACCUCUAAAUUGAGAAAAAAUGGACCGCAAAUUUUUCCCUCCAACUUUUAGAGUCAAAUUGUCGGCAAAUUCAGGCAGCAAAUUUCCGUUAAUUUCAAUGUCAAAUUACAGUCAUUUUCAAGCUAGAGUGGCUAUUCGGGUAUUAGGGCCCAUAUGCUUAUCAGCGCCUCUCUAGCUGAUUUUGAGACUAUAAUUUUACACCUUUUUGUGGAUACUUUUGAAACUGAAGUCUCAUAUGAGAGAGUGCUCCUUGCUCCUUUUAACGUUCUAACUGCUUAGUUCAGUCAGGACUUAGUUUUAGUUCCUCUAAAAACGCGGAAUCACAGUCAUAAAAAAAAAAUUUUUAAAAAAGCUGAGUUAAUUCAAAUUGUGUCUAGUGAAAAAUGCCUCUAAAAAAAAUAGAACAAAAUGUUCAUAAAUUUGUCUAUACAUGGGUAAUAAAAAAUGUAAGUCACCUGUUAUCAGGUGUAGAUUCGUCCACCACUACAGAGAUCCAAGUGGCUCAUAAAUUUUCAUCAGAAUUUGAAAGUUGUGUCAAGAAGUGGUAUGUAAGAUUGAUGCUCGUGAAAAUGGAAGUUCUAGAAUUAAUAAACCUAGUGUUCGAUGCUCGUUAUCCAGCGGAUUGCAAGAAUCAUGUAACCUGUAACUUUUACGUGGUCGACGCCGACGAAAAUUGUUUUUUUGUUGGACGAAAAAACCGGAAAUUCGAUCAUGCAUUAUUAGAUUUGUAUUACAAUCAGGUUAGUUCAUGUGCCCUGCUGACUUUACUAAAAACAAGAAACAAUCUAUUUCCCAACGAUGAAAUGACACUGCGCGUCGAAAUCAUAACUUACUUGGACGAAAAUCCUAUACUUCCUUUUGAGUAUGUAGAAUAUUUUAAUGAACCAGAUGUCGAUUUAUCAGAUUUUAUCUUGAAAUACAAAUGCCGACAAAAUGACGGUGAUGUUAUAAUCAAAGUGAAGGAUAUUGAAUUUCCAGUCCAUAAAACUGUUUUAGAAACACGAUGUUCUGUAUUAUAUAAAAUUGUUGCUCGGCAUGAACAAAUGUUCGGCAGCAAUAAUAAUCAAGUAACUCUUACGAAUAUCGAACCAGAUAUAUUCAAAAGAGUUUUAGAAUUUAUCUACACUGGCCAAGUUGAAGACUUGGAUGAUUAUUCAGAGAAUUUGCUAGAAGCUGCUUCAGAAUAUAAAUUAAUACGACUGAUACGUAUGUGUGAAUUUUCCAUCGUCAACUGCUAUCUUACUUUCAAAAAUUAUAAUGAAGUUGAAAAAUUGGCUAUUCGUUGUGGUGCCUCUAAAUUAUUAAAAAACGUCAGAAGUUUAAAAUUUAUGAUGGAUAAAGAAAUGUCACUCAAAGAUGUAUCGUGUACACCCAGUGGUACUAUAAUAAUCACAAAUCCCAAUGGUGAGAAAUCGGUAGCCGGAUAUAAAUUGGAAAAUGGUGUACCGGAGGGAGUUAAGAUUGUACCAGAGUCGAGUGCUCCCACCCCAAGAUGUGAGAAAAAUAUCAUAGAGAGGUACCCCUACCUCUCUUAAAAGGUGGAACUAUUAAAAAUAGAAGCAUGCACAGUCUUACUGUUUAUAAGUACUAGACAUAACAUGCUCGCUUCGCUCACCUUCAUUCUUUCAAAAAUCCCGCCACUAUCUCAGUCGACCAAUCGACAACCGAAUAAAAUAGUCACAGAAGUGACAUAAUAAAACGAUACGACAUCCCAUUAUCUUUUUAGAAGAGGAUAUUUAGGUGUAUGUAAACAGCUGACUAAUAGUAGCGGCCAAGCGCAUGCGCAAGUAAAUUCCACUGAGUGUAGUGUGAAAACUGAAUCGAGGAGAAAUGAUAUCUUAGGGGGGGGAGCACUGUAGAUAUUGUUUUUGCAUCACUAGAUAACAAUUUGGUUAUUGGUAACGGCACGAUUUUUCUUCAUAAAAAUGAAUAUUUACUAAAUAAAUUUGUUUUUUGUAUUUAACUUCUGUUUUCGUUUUUUCAUUUUGUUAAAGACCUCCAAUAAAAACUUAGAUUUUCUUUAUUUCUAUUUACAAUAUAAAUUUCAAUUGAAUAUGAUGAAAAAUAGUCGUUUGGGUUUUUAAUCAAUGUAAUGUACAUACUUUGU